UUUUCUUACUUGAUGUAACAUAACAACAUAACCUCCAUUACGACUCUACUACCCACAUUAACAUUAGUAGAAUUUUGAAUCUUGUGAUACUUUUAUUACGUGUAGGAAGGAGAACAACUGAAUUUUAUUUAACAGAUCUUUGAUAUGGGGAAAGAGACAAGGAAACACAAAAAGAAAUCUUCCAAACAUAAGAAACACAAGUCAUCUAGGCACAAAUCUACUUCUGAUGACAGCACCAGUGCUGACAACAGUGAACAAGAAUGGGUUGAAAUGGAGCAGGCUCCUACAGCCUCUACAUCCUCAGCUACUGCUCACAAGAGUCAAGAGAAAGAGUGUAGAACUCGGCCGGAAGUGGAUGAUUGGUUGUCCAAUCCUAAUGUGUUUCCCUGUGUGUCCAGAGAGGAUAUGCGGAACAAUAAGGAAAGGAAGAAGGAUAAAAAUGAAGAUAAUAAAUACAUGCUUGACAGGUUAGGUCAGACAGACCGAGAGCUAAACCCGUACUGGAAGGAUGGUGGCAGUGGUCUGCCGUCAGAGCAACCAGUGGCUGCAGAAGAGCUGCGGCAGGCCUCAGUGACUGUGGGAGACCAGGGUGUAGCGUGGCUGCGUAAGGCACUACAACGGGCCAAGGAGCAGGCUGCAGAACAAAGGCGAUCCCUACAAGAAGUAGUGGCUGAACGUUGGGGGUCCCUGGAAAAACUGGAAAAUAUGAUUGCUGCAGCAGAAGAACGUGAAAAGUCAAACACUAAGCCAAAACAGAGUAAUGAUUAUAAACUGUACAAGUACAAACAGGGGGAAACUCAGAGAGAAGAUAAAUUCAGAGGGGUUAGUGAUGAUAAAAAACAUAGAAGUAAAAGUAGAGAAAAAGAUUCUAGGGAGAGACUUAAUAAGUACAAAAGUAAUUCAAAACAUGAAUACUCACAAAGUAUUUCUAAGAGAAAUUUUGCAAAACCGGAUGUGUCUGAUGACAGUUCAAGUAGUGAGGAUAGAAAAUAUCACGAUAAAAGAAGAGACAAACAUUCAUUAGAAAGAAGGAAAGACAAAAAAACUUUUGCAAAACCCAGUGCUAGUAGUGAUAAUAGUUCAGAUGAUAGAAAUAGACAUAACAGUAGGAAUAAAUUUGAAAAAACAAGAAGAGCUAAGUAUACAAGGAGAUCAUCAUCAUCAUCAUCAUCAUCAUCUUCAUCCUCUAGUAAUGACAGUGGUAGUGAAAAAAGAAAUAUUAAAAGGUAUGAAAGAAACAAACACGGAAAAGAUCAUUCAAAAGGGAAGAUGGCAACUAAAAGUUUUGUUAAACCAAAUGGGAGUGAUAGUGAAGAUGAAAAUAGGAGUCAUAAAUACUAUAGACAAAAGAAAGGCUAUGAUUCACAAGAGAACAGAGAAAACAAAUCAAAACGACUUUUUGCUAAACCUUCACAUGGCAGUGAAAAUGAUUCUCCAGUGCCAAGAUCAGACAGAAUUGCAGGAGAUAAAAAAAUAUUGUCAUCUUCUGGAGGAGGAUGGAGGAAAAAGACUGAACAAAAAAAUAACGAAAUAAAAUUAAGUAAUAGUUCUGAAUUGACUACUAAAGUAAAUGAAGACAGAGUGAAAGUAAAUCUCGAUGAAAACUGUACCAAACAAGAAGAAGAAGUCAUUUUAACUGAUAAGGAAAUGAAUGAGAUUGGAGCUAAACUCGUUAAAGCAGAGCUACUAGGAAACAUGGAGUUGGCAGAAGAACUGAAAGGAAAGCUAGAGAAGGCAAGAAUAGCAAGGGAGAACAAGCCAAGAGAAGCUGCAGUGACAGAGGAGGUGGUGAUCCUGACUCACACUGACUCCAAGGGGUUCACCAGGCCUGUGAGUCUGGGAGGGCCUAUGGAGCCGACUGGAGGACGACGCAAGGCCAAGAAAGUGGAGACCCAUUCUGGUGGCAAACGGAUGCGCUAUUUUGCUGAUGAUGAUAAAUAUUCUCUCCAAGAAAUGUUCCAGAGAGAAAAACUCAACACAGUGGAAGAUUCCAAUGAGCUCUUUGCCAAACUAGCAUCCAAGGGCGUGGGGCGAGAUGACAGUGCCAGAGACAUGGAUGAUGUGUUCGAGGAGACAGCUCGUGUGGAAGCGUCAGAUGGCAAGCGACAAGUGAGGGACCGCCAGCGAGCUAUCGAUGAGAGCAAGCGAACUGCCCGCUCGCUAGAUAACUGUCAGUGGUGUCUGGAGAGUAAACAUAUGCUGAAACAUCUCAUUGUUGCCAUCGGAACUACAUGUUACCUGUGUGUACCUCCACACCAAAGCCUGACUGAGAACCACUGCCUCAUUGUGCCCACUCACCACACACCCUGUGCUACCCAACUUGAUGAAGAUGUUUGGAAGGAGAUUCAGGAUUUUCGUAAAAGUCUUGUGGAAAUGUUUCUGUCUCAAGACGAAGAUGUGGUGUUCUUCGAAAGUGCUCGAGGUCUGAACCGGUUUCCUCACAUGGUGUUGAACUGUGUUCCCAUGCCUAAAGAAACUGGUGAUUUGGCCCCUAUAUAUUUUAAGAAAGCCAUCCAAGAGUGUGAGAUGGAAUGGUCCAACAACAAGAAACUGGUGGACUUGAGAGGGAGAGACGUGCGACGUGCCGUACCUAAAGGCCUUCCGUACUUCGCAGUGGACUUUGGCAUGGAUAGCGGUUUUGCUCAUGUAAUCGAAGAUGAAAAACUGUUUCCUCAAAAUUUUGCUCAGGAAAUUAUUGGAGGAAUGCUGGACUUGGACCACAGUAUUUGGAGGAAACAGCGGAAGCAAACUUUUGAAGAACAAAGUAAAAAAGUAAUUAAACUGACAAAACUUUGGACACCAUUUGAUUGCUCAAGAAAGAAAUAAGUUUAUUAAUAUGAAUAGAAAAAUGAACUUUUGAAGCCAUCAAAAAAUGAUAAUACUUUAUCUUCUGUGAAGAUAAAUAUGAGUCAUAAAAUCACAGGCAAAUCCUAACAAUAGUUCUAUAAUUCACGAUAUAAUUUAAUAAACAGUCAAUUUAUCUAUAUUCUCAGCUCUUCCAAUUAACUUGAAAUAAUACACAAGAAUCAAUUUUAUUAUGUAGCAUACUAUUGGAGAUAACAUUUGUUUUUUUAAGUACUUUACAUUUCACUAUUACCUUAUUACGGUCUAGUAGCAGCAAAGCUGUUAUUUGUCUAAUAAAAAAAAAUUAAACGUA